UGACUUCACACGUGUGGAAGGUGCACUCGGCUUUGAAGUCUCUUUGAACUCAACCGUGAAGUGCAGAAAACCUGGCAUAGGCGGUUUGCUAGGAUUUGUGAACGAAAGGGGACUCGAACUCUUGGGUACCACCGCAAAGCACAUGUGCAUUUGUCCCAGACUUCCACGACCUGCACCACACAGCACCCUAGAAAAAGGCUUCCCCAGAGUUUGUAUGCGCGUGCGCAGCGCUCCCUCCUCCACCCAUUUGUGCCCUGUUUUCCCUGCACUGGAGCUGGUGGGCCUGGGGGGCGUACGCAUGUGCGCUGCCACCGGCUCAGGGCCGCGGGGCAGCUCAGCUGGAGCUGAAGCCUUGCUCCUGCGCUGGUCAACCGACCGGCGGGCGCGCAGUGCACGCAUGCGCAUCGCGCAGCCUCGGGGGGGCCCUCGCACAGCCAGGUUUGGUUGGUUGGUUGGGUUUUUUUUGUUUUGGGUUUUCUUUUUUAGUAGUAGUCAUCGAAACCGCAUGCAAGCUCAGGCCCCGCGUUGGAAAAUGGCGGGCAAGUUGGCGUCCUUGAGAAUGGAGGCCCCCGAAGUCGUGGAGGAGGCUGAGGAGGCUGAAGGGCAGACCAAGUCUUUGAAGAUGACUGAAGACUUGCUGGCAAUGGUGAAAAAGCUGCAGAAAGAGGGAAGCCUGGAACCACAAAUUGAAGAACUGAUUAACCGGAUUAAUGAGCUUCAGCAAGCAAAGAAGAAAUCCAGCGAGGAACUGGCAGAAGCCCAAGCUCUCUGGGAGACCCUGCAUAGGGAAUUGGACUCCUUGAAUGAAGAGAAAGUGCAUCUAGAGGAGGUCUUGAACAAAAAGCAAGAGGCACUGAGGAUCCUCCAGUUGUACUGCCAAAGGAAGGAAAGUGAAGCUAAUAGGUUGCAUGUUGAAGAACAGCUGGAGAAUUUGAUGGGCCAGCACAAGGAACUCUGGGAAUUCCACAUGCUGAAGCAGCGACUGGCCUGGGAGAUCCGUGCUCUGCACAGCAGCAGGGAGCAGUUGCUCUCUGAAGAGAGCCGGGCCCUGGCCAAGCUGGAGGACGUGGAGCGGCGGCUGAGCUCGGCGCCCGAGGCCCGGGGCGCCCAGGCGGUGGACGACGGGCUGAAGGCGGAGCUCGAGGAAUUCGGGGGGCAGGGGCCUGCCCAAGCCCACUGCGCCCCAAAGCACGGAGCCUGCGAAGGAGCGGUAGGGAGCCUGGCGAUGGCGGCGAGGCGUGCCCUCGGAGCCCCCCCGGGAGAGCGUCAGUGGGGAGCGGGGCGCCCCGCGGGGCACGGGGGGGCACGGGGGGGCAGCGGCCGCCCGCGCCCUGACUCGCGGCCCCCGCAGGCUGGCUCGGGCCCCGGCGCCCCCCGCGACGACCUGCAGCCGCGCCCAGAGCAGUAG